AUGAGUAUUUGUAAAAAAAGUGCUUCUUUAAUAUUGAUAAGGGAUGAUUAUAAAGUUUUAAUGUUAGAAAGAGCAAAGAAAUCUCAUUUGGAGGAUCAUAUGUAUUUCCAGGAGGGAUUCUAGAAGAAGUAGAUGAUGAAAUGGUUUAAUUAGAUUUAUAAUUAAUAGAGCAAAAUCAUUAAAAAUAUUAUUGUCAUUAAACUCAAGGAUGGUAUUAUUCAUCUUUGAAGAAACUAAUAUAUAAUUAGAUUAUAAAUAAUUAUAUUAAAAAAUCAAACCAUUCUUAAGAAUAAUCACACCUUAAAUGAUGUAAAAAAGAUAUGACACUUAGUUUUUUGUUUAAAUUUAAAUAAUUAUGAUAACUUAGACAUCAAUAAAAUUGAAAGUACAAGUUAUGAAUGGAAUACUCCUAAUGGAUUUUUAGAAAAAUUUAUUAAUAAUUAAAUAUUCUUAUAACCACCAAUAUUCUUAUAACCACCAAUAUUCUUAUAAUUAUUAAUGCUUUAAUAAUUAGGAAGCUAUUAAAAUAUAAUUAAUUAUAUUGAUUCAGGAGAUUAAUAUAAAGAUACAUAUACUCAUGUUUUCUAAUUUCGUAAGAAUAUAUUAGUUUUUUAUUAGGUAAUAAAUACGUUUUAAUUAUCCUGAUCCAAAUUAUAAUUUAUAAGAGUUGAUGGAAACAGAAUAAACAGAUUAUUUAAAAAGUGAAUUAAAAGUUAAAUAUAAUCUUAUAGAAGGAUCAGAUUUUAGAUUUGAAUUAGAAGCUAAUUAAAAAAAAUUAACUGGACAUAUACGAAAAUUUAAGAAUUCACCUUUAGCAUUAUUAAAUGGUUAAAUUAUUAAUGAUAGCUAAUUUAUAAAAUAUAAAGCUAAGUUAUGA